AUGGGCGGAAUAAGGCAGAAGUUCAACGGAAGGAUGGCCUGUUCUCCCGUCUUCUUCCUCUCUCCUCCCCUCAUCUCUCUGCGCACCAUAGCCUUCUCCCGUCUAGCCCACUCCGCCGUCCCCGCCUCGCAAACACACCGACUACGAACUCCGUCACCUUCGUCGUACACGAUCCUGCAGGACUGCCGUCAACCACUUGCCCAGGCCCCCAUCGUGAACUUGAACCUGAACGGCACGUUCGAAUCUGUCUGCACCUCUCUCCAAUACCUUUCUUGGAAGAUGGAAGACGACCCCCCGACUCGCUCGAUGGUUAAGGACUUGAGGACCAGAGUUUCUAUCAACUUAUUAGCUGCGGAGCAUGGGGAUGCCUUAAGCUUGGAGGGGAUGAACGGUUUCGCCCGCCCGGGGUUUGGGAUGCAGAAAACGCUGUGCGAGUACGACAAGCAUCCCGACCGUACCAACUCCCAAUUGCAAUCCCCUUGGUCUCCUCAGACUCCAUACGCCUCCCUGACCGUCCUCGAGGCUCGCCUUCCGUCCCCGUUUCCCGUUCCGCCCCAACUUCCCGCUUCACCCUACCCCGAAUGA